AUGCCCAACUUUGAAGCAGUCUAUACGGCUGACGCCUGUGCACCUCUACCUCAGUUCUCCCAAGCUGUGAAGUACAACGGCAUGGUCUACUGCAGCGGUUCCAUCGGCAUUGAUCCCGCAACCGACGAUCUUGUUCCUGGUUCUGUCACGGACCGAGCCCGCAUGGCACUCAAGAACCUCAAAAUCGUGCUCGAAGCUGCUGGCAGUAGCCUAGAUCGCGUAGUCAAGGCCAAUGUCUUCCUGGCUGACAUGAAGGAUUUCGCCGCCUUUAAUAUCGCGUGGGAUGAGUUCUUUCCUGCUGAGCCCAAACCUUGUCGGACUUGUGUUGCUGUCCAUCAGCUGCCUUUGAACACUGAUGUUGAGAUUGAGAUGACAGCUAGCUGUUAG